AGUUGUCGCUGUGUCGCGCGGUUCAGUCAGAAAUUGAACUUGGUUGUGUGCGGUUCUUGCGCUCUGAGUUCGCGCGCGUCUGUUUAAACGAACGGAAAAAAGUUUCGCGUCGACGCGAACCACACAACUUGAAUACCCUUUUAACAUAGUAUUUUUUUUUAAAGUGCUCGACGGUGCUAAGAAUUGGUGAAUACAAAGCAAAAAGUGAUGCCUUGCGAAACUACGAAUAUUUACUGGCGGCGCGUCGCUGCCGCUAAAAAGUAUAAAGCGGCCGCAAUAAAAACAAGCGUCUAGAGUUUUCGUCGGCGCGGUUUUUUUUAAUGUAAGAUCGCGUGCACAGGUGCUUUGGCCCCUGAGCCUUUUAAUUACACUGCAAAAAAACGAACUGCAGCCUCAAAACAGAGAGUGGAGUGAGUGUGAGUGGAGUUUGCCAUAAUUACAAUUGUCGCCCGUGCACGGAACACUCAUUUACACACACACACACCGAUAACGAGAGAGUUGAGACUGCGAGAGAGACUUUGUCGGAUUCAUUUCGUUUUUGUGUACAUUUGUUGUCUUGCGUUUCACGUUAUAUGUUUGUUGUUGCCUGUAUGUUUAUAUUUAUUGCCUGUACAUGUGUGUGUGUAUGUGUUCGUUCGUCUUGUGUUUAUUAAUGUUCAACACCAACAAGAGAAAAACAAAAUCAACUAGAGAGCCCAAAAAGAAAGCGCGACAACUAUAAAAACAACAACAAGAAAGAGUAUCUCCGCCGCCGCCGAUACCCGAAAACGCCGCCGUCGCAUGCAUACCUUUAAUUUAUUACACAUAUUGUUUUUAUUUUAAAUAAUGGAUCGUCGUGCAUUGAAGUUUAUGCAAAAAAGAGCGGACACAGAAAGCGACAACACUAACACCAACACAUCACUGAGCACAACUGCUUCCCAGGGGACACCAGCUUCAGGCAUAUCUGCAGGAACGGGCGGUGGCACUCUACCCCUGAAGGACAACUCCAAUAUACGCGAGAAACCGCUGCAGCACGCACAUCCGCAUCCACACCAGCAGCAGCAGCAUCAGCAUCAGCAACAGCAGCAGCAGCCCGGUGGCAAGCAGCUAGAGAGGCCACUGAAGUGCCUGGAGACGCUCGCUCAAAAAGCGGGCAUAACUUUUGACGAGAAAUACGAUGUGGCCAGUCCCCCGCAUCCCGGCAUUGCCCAGCAGCAGGCGACUCCAGCAUCAGCACACAGAACACCAACACCAACACCAGCAGCAACAGGAACAGUCACCCCCACGAAUCAUCGACACGGAACUGCGCCUACUGCCCGCCGGCACACGAACACCCCGAACACCACCCCAGGCCCAACCAGUGCAGUUGGCACACCCAAUUCGCACAACACGCACACCCUUGUCCGCCACACCAGCCUCAAACUGGAUAAGGCGCAGAAUCCCGGCCAGCAGGUGGCGGCCGCCACCACAGUGCCGCUGCAGAUCUCUCCGGAGCAGCUGCAGCAGCUUUACGCGAGCAGUCCAUAUGCCAUCCAGGUGAAGCAAGAGUUCCCCACGCAUACAACGGGAGCGGGCACGGAGCUGAAGCAUGCGACCAAUAUCCUGGAUGUGCAACAGCAGAUGCAGCUGCAGCAGCAGCUCUCCGAUGCCAACGGAGCCGGAGGAGCUGCUGGAGCCACAGGAGUGGCGGGAGGCGCACCAAGUCCUGCCAAUGCCCAACAGACGCAGCAGCAGCACUCGACGGCCAUCAGCACCAUGUCCCCGAUGCAGCUUGCGGCGGCUACCGGAGGAGUGGGCGGUGAUUGGGGGCAAGGCAGGACGGUGCAACUGAUGCAGCCCUCGACCAGCUUCCUGUAUCCGCAGAUGAUCGUGUCCGGUAAUCUGCUGCAUCCUGGCGGCCUUGGCCAGCAGCCCAUCCAGGUGAUUACCGCCGGCAAGCCCUUCCAGGGCAAUGCGCCUCAGAUGAUCACCACCACGACGCAAAACGCCAAGCAGAUGAUCGGGGGACAGACGCAGUUCGCUGGAGGCACCUAUGCCUCGUGCCUGCCCUCCAACCACAACCAGUCGCCACAGACGCUGCUCAUCUCGCCGGUGAAUGUGAUCUCGCACUCGCCACAGCAGCAGCAGAACCUGCUUCAGUCGAUGGCGGCUGCAGCCCAGCAACAGCAGCAGCAGCAGCAACAGCUGACACAACAGCAGCAACAACAGCAGCAGCAGAUUACUCAGCAGCAGCAACAGCAGCAGCAGCUCACGGCGGCCCUCGCGAAGGUGGGCGUGGAUGCGCAGGGCAAGUUGGCCCAGAAGGUGGUCCAGAAGGUGACCACCACCAGUAGCACGGUGCAGGCAGCGACGGCAGGCGGAGCAGCAGCCACGGCAGCCCAGGCCCAGCAGGUGCAACAGGUCCAGCAACAGCAGCAGCAGCAGACUACGCAGACCACCCAGCAAUGCGUUCAAGUCUCGCAGUCGACGUUGCCCGUGGGCGUGGGAGUAACCCAGGCUGGCCAGUCUGUUCAGUCAGUUCAGGCCGCCCAGCUGUUGAACGCCGGACAGGCGCAGCAGAUGCAGAUCCCCUGGUUUUGGCAAAAUGCGGCUGGACUGCAGUCCUUCGGCUCGAACCAGAUCAUCCUGAGGGGCCAGCCAGACGGAACCUCGGGCAUGUUUAUCCAGCAACCGGCCACGCAGACCCUGCAGACGCAGCAGAACCAGAUUAUCCAGUGCAAUGUGACCCAGACGCCCCCUAAGGCUCGCACCCAACUGGACGCACUUGCCCCGAAGCAGCAGCAACAGCAGCAGCAGGCGGGAACUGCCAACCAGACACAGCAGCAGCAGCAGCAGCAGCAGCAGCAGUUGGCGGUAGCCACGGCUCAGUUGCAACAGCAGCAGCAACAACUCACGGCAGCGGCUCUGCAACGCCCUGGAGCCCCGAUCCUACCCCACAAUGGCACCCAGGUGCGUCCGGCCAGCUCGGUGUCCACGCAGACUGCCCAGAACCAGAGCUUGCUGAAGGGCAAGAUGCGCACCAAGCAGCAGCCGGUGCGACCUGCCUUGUCUGCCCUGAAGACGGAGAACGGCCAGUUGGCGGGUCAGAACAAGGUGGUGGGUCACAUGGCCACCGUGCAGCAGCAACAGCAGGCGACAGCGAAUCUCCAGCAAGUGGUAAACUCGGCGGGCAACAAAAUGGUUGUGAUGAGCACGACGGGCACUCCCAUUACCCUCCAGAACGGACAGACUCUUCACGCACCCACAGCGGGAGUGGACAAACAGCAGCAACAACAGCAGCAGCAAUUGCAGCUGAUUCAGAAGCAGCAGUUUCUGCAACAGCAAAUGUUCCAGCAGCAGAUCGCUGCCCUCCAGAUGCAGCAGCAGGCGGCAGCUCAGGCCCAACAGCAGCAGCAGCAACAACAAGUCACCCAACAGCAGCAGCAGCAAGUGACCGCCCAGCAACAGCAGGCGGUGGCGCAGGCUCAGCAGCAACAGAGGGAACAGCAGCAGCAGCAGCAGCAAGUGGCCCAAUCCCAGGCGCAGGCGCAACAGCAGCAGGCGCUUGCCAACGCCACUCAGCAAAUCCUACAGGUGGCCCCAAACACCUUCAUCACCUCGCACCAGCAACAGCAGCAGCAACUGCAUAACCAACUGAUCCAGCAGCAACUGCAGCAACAGGUGCAGGCGCAUGUCCAGGCGCAGGCCCAGGCCCAGGCGCAGCAGCAACAGCAGCAGCAACAACAGCAGCAACAACAACAGCAGCAGCAGCAGCAGCGGGAGCAACAACAGAACAUCAUCCAGCAGAUUGUUGUGUCAGGCGGAACGACUCCUCAGCAGCAACAGCAGAACACGGGGCAGCUCCAACUGAGCAGCGUGCCCUUCACGGUGUCUUCGACCACGACGCCAGCCGGAAUAGCCACCUCCAGUGCCCUGCAGGCGGCUCUCUCCGCCUCCGGCGCCAUAUUCCAGACUGCCAAGCCUGGCACUUGCAGCUCAUCACUGCCCACUAGCAGUGUGGUGACCAUAACCAACCAGAGCUCGGCUCCUCUGGUCACCAGCAGUACGGUGGCUAGUCUCCAGCAGGCACAAGCUCAAGCCCAGCUCCAACAGCAGCAGCAGCAGUUGAUCACCACCGCCAUGGCAGUAGCCUCUCAGCAGCAGCAGCAACAACAACAACAGCAGGGACCACCCUCCCUGACAGCCACGACGCCCUCGCCCACCACGAAUCCCAUCCUGGCCAUGACCUCCAUGAUGAAUGCCACAGUGGGGCACCUGUCAAGCGCUCCACCCGUCACAGUCUCUGUAACCAGCACCGCAGUCACUCCAUCGCCGGGCCAAUUGGUGACCCUCAGUAGUGCCAGCACGCCCACCAAGGAGACGCCUUCGAAGACGGCCACCCUUGUGCCCAUUGGCUCGCCCGUGACGCCCGCAGCGCUCCCAACUCAGGACAGAAGCGCGACGCCGAAAUCCUCAACACCAGCCAAUGUGAGUGCAUCCGCGGAGGCCAGCAGUUCCACCGGCGAGGCCCUGCCCAACGGAGAAGCUACUGAGGCGGCGUCUACGCCGGUGAGGGCUGCCACCACACCCACCAGCAAGCAAAGCAACACGGUGCAGCCCACGGGCAGCAGCGGCACCACACCCAGCACCACAACCACACCCAGUGGUAAGGAAGAGACCAAGGUGGCAAGCUCCAUCAACUCUAGCGCCGCCACAACGCCUACCACGACGAAGACGGUCAGCAAUGGGAUCGGAACGGGGAGGAGCACAGCGUGCACCACGGGUAGCACUACUGUGACCACCACCACCUGCAGCACUACCACCACAACCUGCAGCAGUGCGACCAGUACAACCACCACGACGACGAGCAGCAGCAAUGGUGCGAAGGAUCUGCCCAAGGCGAUGAUUAAGCCAAACGUUCUGACCCACGUCAUCGAUGGCUUCAUCAUCCAGGAGGCGAACGAACCUUUUCCGGUCACGAGGCAGCGCUAUGCGGACAAGGACGUCGCCGAUGAGCCGCCCAAGAAAAAGGCGGCCAUGCAGGAGGACAUGAAGCCCAGUGGAAUAGCGUCCGCUCCAGCCUCCGACAUGGUGGCCUGCGAGCAGUGCGGCAAACUGGAGCACAAGACGAAGCUCAAGCGGAAGCGAUUCUGCUCACCGGGAUGCGCAAGGCAGGCGAAGAAUGGCAUUGGAGUGGCAGGAGUGGAGACCGGGAAGACCAACGGCCUGGGAACCGGCGGAAUUGUUGGGGUGGACGCCAUGGCAUUGGUGGACAAGCUGGACGAGGCCAUGGCUGAGGAGAAGAUGCAGACAGAUGCCCUGCAGGCUCUGUCCGAGCCCCUGCCCAUUCUGGCUGCUCCAACGGAAGUUCUACCACCAGUGUCCCUGCCUGUGCUGGCAACCGGCAUUCCGACCCCUGUUCCACUUGCACUUCCACUGCCGCUGCCGCUGGGACUACCAUUGCCUGUAGCUAUAUCUGCUCCAGCUCCACUGCCAGCAGUUAUUCCUGCCGCGGCACUCGCAAGCUCCAGCGUAAACGGAUCGGAUCGUUCGCCCAUUAGUAGCUGGAGCGUGGAGGAGGUCAGCAACUUCAUACGGGAACUACCGGGCUGUCAGGACUACGUGGAUGACUUCUUUCAGCAGGAAAUUGACGGCCAAGCGCUGCUGCUGCUCAAGGAGAACCAUCUGGUGAAUGCCAUGGGCAUGAAGCUUGGACCAGCACUCAAGAUCGUGGCCAAAGUGGACUCCAUGAAGGAGGUGCCAGUCCCUGCCGAUGGCAAGGAUGCCGGAGGAGGGUCGCAGUAAUGUGGCACAUCGAGAGUGCACCUGGUACCUACCAGGUGAAUCUGAUUCACUUGGCAAAUCUGAAGAAUUAUAUAUAUUGUAGAUUACAGCGCUAAGUCUAAAAAAUUGUACAUAUUCACACAUUUACACCUAGGCAUAAAUUUAUGUAGGAAUUUUAUAAAACACUCGACAGUCAAAGGCGUAAUUAAAACAAUUAUGCGACAUUUAAGCUACUAAAAAAACAAAAUGUAAUUGUAACUAUGCCAGCAUUAUUUAAUAAUAGAUAGUAAGUAGAAUUCGUACAGCCCUGCCCUUAUUGUCAUUGGUAGAGCGUAAAAGUAUUUUAAUUUAAGAAGCCAUAGCAUUGCAUAUGUAAAAUUGUACCAACUAAGAAAUUUUAA